AUGGCUCCUAGUAGGGAUCAAACAGCAUUGGCCUGCCCCCCUCAUGCUGAUGCACAAUGUAUCCAGGACAUCAUGAUCCACGCAUGGGCCAGCAGCACCAGAGAAGCUUUUGGUAGUGGUAUCCUGGUCUUUCAUGUGUAUUAUGACUCAAAAGCCAUUGAAGACACCCUGCGUGCUCCUGCAUCUACUAAACUCAUUUCAGCUUUCAUAUCAGACUUGGCAGUCAUUGUCUCCUCUGUUGCCACAGGUGGCAUAACUUAUGCCAUCAGGCAGGGAUUCAAUGCCCUCCACUUUCCCAUUGACUCCCACUUCCACCUCCUUUGGCAUGAUGGUAUGUACUGUCAUGUCAUCCUUGCCUCUCCCCCUUCAGUUUUGGAUGCCACUGGUUCAACAUACCAUGACUUUCCAAAUUCCCUCAUUAUGCAAUGGCAACUUCUUCUCCUUCUCACUCCAGUCAUCAUCUCCUCUGUUGCCACAGGUGGCAUAAGUUAUGCCAUCGGGCAGGCAUUCAACACCCUCCGCUUUCCCAUUGACUCCCAACCCACCCCAGUCCAGGAUGUGGAAGGAAAAUCCACCAGGAGAGAUCAUGUUCACAAGUAUGCGGGCCAGAGUCUGCCCCAAGACCACAACUUGCAAUGGAUAAAUGUUUGA